AUGGCGGAUUACGGAUCCCAACAGGGGCGGAACCCUCGACCUAACCCAUAUGGCCACGCAUCCUCUUUCCAGCGGGAUGCCGCCUUCUCGGAAAUUUUUGGGGGAGCUCCGCCGCCCGGGCGUUCACAAACGAUGACUUCUCAGACCCCUCAGUUCCACCAGGAGCGGGCACACACCAUGACCGGCCAUUCGCCAGACGUGUAUAUGCAACCGCGUGGUCACCCUCCCCCCAUGAGACAAUCGCAUCAUAGCUAUGGCCCAGGGCCCGAAUCGGGACACCACGAUCCGCGAUGGCAGCCGAAUGGGUCCAUGCCGCCUCACCCAACACCUCGAAACCCGCCUAUCCCUCCAUAUUCAAAUCGAUCCCAAUACCCUAUUCCGCAACGGAUGGAUUCUAUGGCGAGACCACCUCCCCAAUAUCCACCAAUGAAGCCUCCAACUCGAGUCCCUCCUCCCGCUGCCUUGAAUUCGGACCCGUAUCGAUCCCGAUCGAUGGCAGGGCCAGGACCGCGUCCUCCCCAAUUUCAUGCCCCCCCAAAUAACUACAACCAAGCGCCUCCGAACGCUUUCAGACAACAAGGCUACCACCCAAUGAGCUCUCGGACCCCCCAUGGUCGGAUUGUGCCCGAAAGGCAUGAUAACGAGCGUGCCAUGUCGUUAAGUUCUUACACGUCGGAUCGUGACCAUACUCAGAUGAUUAGCUCUGGAAGGGUGGUUCCUAAUCGAAGACGUGAACCGGGUCUGGAUCGAGAACGGCCGGACCGCAUGGAGCGACAUCCGAUGGAGAAACCACCCUCAGAUCAGAUGCCUGUUGUCCCGAAAAUCACCACCACUCACGAUACGCAGCCAAGGAUCAGACAUCCGAGCGAAAGUUCCAUGAAUUCCCGUACCUUAUCUAUGGCGUCAACUGUUACUCCGGAACGCAACAACAGCUUGCAAACUCCUACCUCUGCAAAGUCUGGCCAAUUGGCUGCAACGGUUACAGCCAAUCGCAGUCGAACCCCUCUUGCUUAUCCUGCGUUAUUAUCACGCGUGGCGGCAGUUUUCAAGGAAAGAAUUACCAUCGGAGAGCGGACAAAGAACGAUUUGGCGUAUACUAAUUCAUUUACUGGUGCCGAAGCCGUGGACCUCCUGUCGUACAUCAUCAAAACAACAGAUCGAAAUCUAGCACUCCUACUUGGUAGGGCUUUGGAUGCACAGAAGCUUUUUCACGAUGUAACGUACGACCAUCGACUGCGAGACGCUCCUGGAGAGCUGUACCAAUUCAGAGAAACGAUGGGAGAAGAGUCGCCGGUUUCUGAAGUAAACGGUGUCUUUACGCUCUUGACAGAAUGUUACUCUCCAACUUGCACGCGCGAUCAGCUGUGCUACUCCAUCGCUUGCCCACGACGACUGGAACAACAAGCAAGGCUAAAUCUGAAACCUCAACCUGGCUUAAGGCCUUCUGCAUCGAGAGGCAGUCUCCACGAUCAGGAUGAAAGCGAAGACCAAAAGUUAUGGAUCAACAUGGUACCGAAAGAAGUUGCCGACACCAUUGACGACAAGGAGAAGAAGCGGCAAGAAAUUAUUUUUGAAAUCAUGUAUACUGAACGUGAUUUCGUCAAAGAUUUAGAAUAUCUCAGAGAUUUCUGGAUGCGGCCACUUCGCUCCGCACACAACACCAGCCUCUCUCCAGUUCCGGAACAUCGUCGGGAGAAAUUUAUAAGGACCGUAUUCGGCAAUGUCCUUGAAGUUCUGAGUGUCAAUUCUCGGUUUUCAGAGGCACUGAAUAGCCGACAAAAAGAAAAUCAUAUUGUGCAUAGCGUUGGUGACAUUUUCCUUCAAUAUGUUCCUCGGUUCGAUCCGUUCAUCAAAUAUGGUGCCAACCAAUUGUACGGGAAAUACGAGUUUGAAAAGGAAAGGGCAUCCAAUCCUGCUUUUGCCAAGUUUGUUGAAGAGACAGAAAGGCUUAAGGAAUCGAGAAAACUAGAACUCAAUGGUUAUCUCACGAAACCAACAACUCGGCUUGCUCGGUACCCGUUGCUGCUAGAAAAUGUCGUCAAAUACACCAAAGACGAUAAUCCAGACAAGCAGAACAUUCCAAAAGCUAUUACUCUCAUUCGGGAUUUCCUAUCCCGAGUGAACACAGAAAGCGGAAAAUCGGAAAACCACUUCAACUUGAUGCAACUGAACAUGGCCCUCAAGUUUGCUCCUGGUGAUUACGUGGACCUCAAACUUACAGAAGAGAAUCGCACAAUGUUGAUCAAAAUGGCGUUCAAAAAGGGUCCGACAGACACCUCCGAGGUUACAGCCUAUCUUUUCGACCAUGCAGUUCUACUGGUUAGAAUAAAGGCUGUCAAUAAGCGCGAGGAGUACAGGGUGUACAAGAAGCCGAUUCCCUUGGAAUUACUCGUUAUUGCACAAAUGGAAGAGGUCAUACCCAGGUUAGGCAUCGCAAAACGUCCUUCAACUAAUUUGCUUGCCGCGGGUCGUGCAGUCAACACCCCUCCAGCUGCUAAGGAUGGCUUUCCAAUUACGUUCAAACAUCUUGGGAAAGGAGGAUAUGACCAAACUCUUUGGGCGACGUCGCAAACUCAACGAAAAAGGUUCAUUGAGUUGGUCGAAGAGCAACAACGCAAGUUGAGGGAGCGUAGUAACAACUUCUAUUCCAAAACUGUGCUGUGUGAAGGGUUUUUCACUGCUGCGAAUAGGGUAAACUGCUUGGUUCCGAUUGAUGGAGGGCGAAAGUUGGUUUACGGCACCGACAAUGGCAUCUACCUAUCCGAAAGAUGGCCCAAAGACAAAACCGCUAAGCCCAAACGUGUUCUUGAUGCAACCGCAGUUACCCAAAUCGAUACGCUUGAAGAGUAUCAGCUCAUGCUUGUAUUGGCUAAUAAAACGCUAAGUUCCUAUCCUCUGGAGGCACUGGAUGCCCAUGACGGCCAGAACCCGCUGGUGCGUCGGCCUAAGAAGAUCCAAGGCCAUGCCAAUUUUUUCAAAUCUGGCAUUGGUCUUGGGAGACAUCUAGUGUGCUCUGUGAAAACAUCCGCUCUAUCGACAACUAUCAAGGUGUUUGAGCCGAUGGAAAAUUUAGCGAAGGGCAAGAAAAAGCCCCUCAGUAAAAUGUUCCAGAGCGGGCAAGAUGCAUUGAAGCCCUUCAAGGAGUUUUACAUUCCGGCGGAAUCCUCAUCCGUUCAUUUCUUGAGGUCAACUCUAUGUGUUGGAUGCUCUCGCGGCUUCGAAGUCGUAUCCUUAGAAACGACUGAACGACAGUCAUUGCUAGAUCAGGCAGACACCUCUCUCGACUUCGUUGCGAGAAAGGAGAACGUGAAGCCCAUUUACAUCGAGAGAUUGAAUGGAGAAUUUCUUCUUAAUUAUAGCGAUUUCUCCUUUUUUGUGAACAGGAAUGGAUGGCGCGCGCGACCUGACUGGCGGAUAGCGUGGGAAGGAAACCCGACCGCUUUCGCGCUGUCGUAUCCAUACAUUUUGGCUUUUGAGUCGAGCUUCAUUGAAAUCAGACAUUUGGAGACAAGUGAACUGGUCCAUAUCAUGACCGGGCGAAACAUUCGCAUGCUGCACUCAUCAACAAGAGAGAUUAUCUAUGCAUAUGAAGAUGAAGCUGGAGAAGAUGUGGUGGCUAGCUUGGAUUUCUGGAACAAGCCACAAUAA